AUGUUUCUCUCUAGAUUUCCAGCUGUGAGGCUCUUGACAUUGGCAUCACAAGUCCUUAUCUGCUAUCUCAGUCUCCUUGCUUUCAGAGGAAAGCCAUUGUUGGUUGCAGUUCAUGCUGCUGAUCCUGCUCCAGUGCGUGACAUCAAAGGUGACAAUCUCCAAACUGGGGUUGAGUAUUGGAUCUUGCCUGUCAUCCGUGGGAAAGGUGGGGGGCUAACACUAGCCAGCAAUAGAAAUAAAACCAUCGGCUGCCCACUUGAUGUUGUUCAAGAGCAAAGCGAGGUAUCUAAUGGUCUUCCACUCACAUUUUCACCUGUGAAUCUGACGAAAGGCGUCGUUCGCCUAUCCACUGAUCUUAACAUCAAGUUCUCUACAUCUGCAGCUGUAACUCUCUGUCCGCAGACUUCAAAGGUUUGGAAGUUAGACGAGGUUGAUGAAUCAACAGGGCAACGGUCUGUCACGACUGGUGGCGUAGAAGGCAAUCCGAGUCCUAAAACUCUCAUGAACUGGUUUAAGAUCGAGAAAUAUGAUGAUGACUACAAGCUCGUCUUUUGCCCCAAAGUCUGUCGCUUCUGCAGGGUUAUAUGUGGUGAUGUUGGCGUUCAUCUUGAAAGUGGGGUUAGGCGUCUGGCUCUAAGUGAUGUAAUUGUACCACUCAAAGUCAUGUUCAAGAGAGUCUGA